AGUUUUAGUGGAGUCAAAACAAUUCGAAAAAUGAGUUUAAUUUUUACGAAUAAUUAUUUUAAACGAUUAAAUGCAAAAUAAUACAUAAUGUCGAUAAAUUUAAGAAGAUGUUUAGUGCAAUGUUUUGUUGGAAAAAACUAUUUAUCAAAUCUUCAAAAAACUCAAAAAUAUUUUUUAAGUAAUCAAAGGACUUGUACAAACAUAGGUUAUGAAAAUAAUCCACAAUUUGAUUAUCAUGAAAUAAAAUCUUAUAAAGAGUACCUAGAUGAAAGAAAAAUAAACUUAGGAAGAGUAAUUGUAACAUUGAUGAGCUCAUUACAUAUUACAAAAACAAGAGCAUUAAAUAUUAUAACAGAGCGGGAAGAAUUUCGUACAAUGACCAGAACACAAAUAAUCGACAAUAUUAAUCUUUUGCAUGAAGAAGAUAUUGAUGAAUCAACAAUUAGAGAUAAUGUAUAUAUUUUAGCAGAUUCAAACGAAAUUAUAAAACAAAAAAUUGAUAUUUUUAAAGAUGCUAAUUUAGAAAUCAAUUCUGUCAUUCCUUUAUUUCAAUUACCCUUUUCUGUAAUUAAAAUUUAUGGAAAACGUUCAAAAAUUGACAAGCUAAUGAUUCCUAAUCAUAAGAACAGAAUUCAUUAUUUAUGUUCAGAAUUAGAGGCUGAUAUGAAUUAUUUAUGUACUAAAAUAGUUUUGUAUCCUUUUCUUCUUCAUGUGAAAAUUGAAAAAAUGAUUGAAGUAACACAAUUUUUAAUAGAUUCUGGUAUCAGCAAACAUCAUAUAAUUGAAGAUUUAUUGGUUUAUAAAUAUGCAACUGAUAGAAUUAAAGAAAGAAUUUUGCGAGCAAAAAAGGCAAAUAUGAAACCAAUAAAACCUUGGGUUGUUAGAUGUCUUUUAGAUCACGUACUGAGUGCCGAAUUAAGGUGUCAUGAAGAGCAAGAAUUUUUUCAAUCUUGUAAAAACCUAGAAGAAUAUAUGUCAAAAGAAAUGAAUGUUGAUAUUGAAGUUAUAAAAGGUCUUCUACGACGGAAUCCGGGUAUUUACUCUAUGAACCUUAAAAAAUUAAGAACUCAAUUAAAUCUACUUAAAAAUUUUGGAUAUACUGGCUCUGAAAUAUUUUAUGUUCCUCGUGUGUUUUUCUGCCGCAAUGAUUCCUUAGUAAAAAAAUACAAUAAGUGGAAAGACCAAGGUCUAGGGAAACCACCACUUUUUCUCUUGGCAACAUCAAUGGCUAUGUUUAAUGAAAAAAUGAAGAAGGAACUUGAAUGUCGCUCAUUAGCUAAAAAUUAAUAUUUUGGAUAUACCUCAAAAUGAUAUUUUUUUAGACUUAUGAAUUUCAAAUCUCUUCAUUUCUGUAGAUACUUGACAGCAGCAAUAAAGUAUAAGAAUCCGCGUUAUAAUUGUAGUCCAUGAAUCUAUUGUAAAAUUAUAUACAAUAAUAUUUAUUUAUUUUUUUAAAUGA